AUGGAGUCUGAAUACCAUACAUGUAAUGAAGACACAUUUGGACUGGAAUUUGCUGCUAUACAAUGGCUUAAUUUAGUUACCAAUGCAGAAGAGUUAUUUAAUAAAUUAUUACACAGUAUAUUACUGUCUGGGGAAGAAAAGGAGCAAAUUCAAAGAUGGCUUUGUUUAAAGCAAGAAUGCGAAGAUUGCUUAGCUAGUGAUGAAGCAACAAGUUUUGAUGGUCGACCUAGACAUUCAUUAGAAAGAAUUGAAGAAUUGACUGAAGAUACGGAAAAUACCCAAGAUCUUGCUGAAAUUCAUGGAAAGUCUUCCGAUAGUCAAUAUGAAUCAGAUUCUGAAAGUGAUUUCGAUUAUCAACACCCUGAGUUUGAUGAUAGACUUGAAAAAUGCAUGCAAAGUUUUAGAGAUAAAGUUGAUAUGUUAAUUAGAAAUAAAUUAUGUAAAGAGGAUUGUGAAGAGAAUGUAGAUGCCGAUGAAAUAGGAAAUUUAAAUAAAGCUGCUUCUUUUCCUCAACAUUUCUUUCCUCCUAAUGCUCACCAAAAAGGAAGAAGAAAAAGUUUGCAUCCGGGAUGUAUUUCGGUUCCCAUUUCAUUAAAUGAAAUAGCAAGAAAUACUAGUAAAAUUCAUGAAGUAGAAGAAAAAAUUGUAGAAAAUAAAUGCAUUGAUCUUAAAGAAGAAACAAUGUGCCUUGAAAAUGCAUUUUCAUUAGAAGUGAAUGAAUCUAGUAAAGAACUCAAGUGUUUAAAUUUAAAAUUGGAUAGUCAAAAAACACAAUUGAAACAAAUUAACAUAGAUCUUGAAGAUGCUAAUAAAAGAUUACUGGACCUUCAACACACAGUGGAAAUAAAAGAGCAGCUUAUUAAAGAAUUAAUUAAAAAUCGAAGUACAAGAGAAUUAGCCAAAUUCAAAUUUCGUAAAAAAUGCACCAAACUCGAACAAGAAUAUUAUAAAAUUCGUUUUCAAAUUGCUCAAGCUGAAAAUGUACUUCAUGAAAAAAAACACAAAGGAGACCUCGACUUUGUUCUUAGGCAAAAAACAGAAAUUGAAAAACAAAAAAAUUUAGCGAGGCAUUAUGAAAAACGUUUGAGAGAUAUAGGUAUGGUCAAGCAAAUGGCUGGUGAUAGUGCGAAAACAGUUUUAGAAUUGGAAAAUAGCGUGCUCAAAUCGGAAAAGGAAAUAUUAAAAAUCAAGGAUCACAUAGAAAAAGAAGAAAAUAAAAAAGAAAAAUUGAAGGAAGACAUAUUGAAAGACGAAGAAAAAAUUAAAACUCUGGAAGGAAGCACGGAACGUUUGAAACGAAAUUCGGAUAUUGAAAACUCGGAAACGAUGCAUUUGCAAAUAUUGGACAUUCGAAGUUCCAGCGCGAAUGAUAGUACCGAAAACAGCGAAGAGUUAAGGAAAGAAAUAGUCAAUUUAAGAAAUGCCAAGGAUUGUCUACUGGAUGAACGAAAAAAAUUACGGGAUAAAUAUAGGAAGAGUCAUAAUUUAUCCCCCGUUGAAAAAAGGAGGAUUUUAGAGUGCGACGAAGGGAUCGAAGCUAUUGACGCUGCCAUUGAAUACAAAAAUGAAGUCAUGUGCGGUAGAAAAAGCAUGGAUUCGAUUUGCGUUAAAAGCCAUGAGAAUAGAGGAGAGCAAAUGCUCAUGGAUCGUUUACUCCAUUUAUCAUCGGAUGAAAUGAGAACUCUCUUGCAUAAAUAUUUUCGAAAGGUAAUCGAUUUGAAGGAAAGCGGUAGAAAAAUGGAACAGCAAAUAUACGAACUGGAACAGGAAAACGAAAGUCAAGGAUGGCGCAUUCAAAAUUUAAGUCAAGCUCUUCAAACGCAAAAAAUUGAAUCGGAGCGUCAAAAAGUUGCGCUGUUGCGAAAUCAUCAGGAAAGAAUGCACGUCAUGAUGAGACAAUUUGCCGACGAAUCGGGAAGUUCUGGAACGGAAUCAAGAUCCCAAUUGAUGCCAGUCCCUCCUCCUCCCGUGCCAUGCACGACAUCCAGAGUCACAAGGGAGAAAAAUAAAGUUAUAAUUAGGUUAAACGCUCCGAAAAAAAAAACUUCGAGUAAAAGUUUAAUAGCUUUUAAUCAAUUAAAACAAUGA